AUGGCGAGGCGCGGGGACGCGAGCGGCGCAGAGGAUCCGGCGGACGCGCAGGGGGCAGCUGAGGGCGAAAUAGGGCGGCGCGCCCAUGCUGAAGACGAGGCAGUCGCUGCGCAAGAAGCGACGGCGGCGGAACCGCAAGCAGCUGGAGAACGCGAGAGGAGGCGGAGCGGGCGGGACGCGGGAGCAAGGGACAGGUGCAGGCGCGGAGGCGGAGCGGAGGCGGGCGGGGGCGCAGACUACGAGCCGCGAGAAGGAGACGGACGAACAGGGACGACGACGGCGCGAGUGGCUGCCGACGCCGCAGGCCUCUCGCGCCGGCGUGAAGCAUCGGGGGCUACCGAGCGGGGGGACGCAGACGGCCUCUCGUCAACAGGGCGGAGUGCUGCGGCGCGACAUGAAAACGAGAGCGGAAGCCUGCACGCGCCUCAGGGUCACGAAGGCGUCACGCCUGGGGCGCCAAGCGGCCCCGCGGCAGACCCUCAAGGCAGCCAGCGCCCGCGAGACCGACAGAACGCAAGCCUCGGUAGCCGCACUGUCUCCGCGGUCUCCCCCUGCGCCGCCUCUUCGUGGGCUGUCUUCCUGCAGCCUCCGUCUGGCCUCCCAGUUUCGGGCUCCACGCCGACCUGCGUGCCUCCGCCUCCGCCGACCGCGCCGCGUCGCGCGUCUGGCGUUCCCUCGCGGUCGCUGUCGUCCUCUGCGUCUCCGCUCUCUGCCUCUUCUGCGGCUUCAGAUGAGUCGGUUUCCCCCCUCUCCUUGGCGGGUGCGCUGGCGGCGUCUCCGCUUGCCUUCGCCGCGACGGCCUGUACGCCCUCUCUCAGCACGUGGUAUGUGCAGCAAAUCAGCGAGCUGGAGCAGCGACUCAAGCAGCAGGACGAGGCGCACCGACGAGAGCUCAUGCAACUCACGAGAAGCUACCAUAUCCAGUUGGCGCUAGCGGCGCGCGGCGCAGCCGGAACGAAGGCGCUCCAGUCCUCCUACUCACGGGCGCCCCCUGCGCAGGCCGGGACUUCGCGUGCGUGUGCGUGUGCGUGCCCUUCACCCGUCCAGCCCCCUCGCCUUCCGGCGGGCUCCCGGCUGCGCCUCGCUGCCUCCCAGCCUUCCGCUUCGCCGGUACCGUCCUCUACUCGGCAGUCUCCGCCUCCCUGCGACCUGUCUGCAACGGCCUCUGCCUCCGCGUCGUCGUGGCUCGCUGCUCCCUCGCCUCCCUUCGCAUCUGCGGGCUCCACAGCUCUCGAGUGGACCGCGGAAGCCUCGCCCCUGGAUCUGCACGCCGGGUGCAGAUCAUCUCGCUGCACUCCCUACCCCAACUCGGCUUUCCCCGCGUCGGCUUGUAUUCGAGGACGCCCGCCCUUGCGGGGCGUGGGCGGGGGCGAGGGAUGUCCAGCCGCUGAGGCAGUUGCAGGUCUAGGCGGAGACGGCGAUGGGGAAGCCGGCGCCGCAGGGCGCUCCUGUCUGCUUCUGGACGCCCUGCUGCGAUGCGCAGAAAGUCCUUCGCUCGAGUGUGGAGACGUGGAAUCGAUGCCCCCGACUGGCGGAGUGUCUCGUCGACGGCGUUCCUCGUCGUUUCCCGCUGUGCCUCAGCUCGUGUUGCCUCGCGGGAUGCUGGUGCCGCUCGCGCGGGCGGCGCUCCGAGCCGCGCACAGGCGCAGAGGCAAUCCUGCGGUCGGCGGUCGGCGCGGGGAGACAGAGAGAGGAGCGGGCGCACGCGAACCAGCAGAAGCAAAAGCGGCCGAGGCAGGCGAACGCCGCGUCUCCAGUCAAGCCGACGAGGCAUCGACGACUCAGAGGGAGGAUCAGGUGCGAGACAGCGGCCGCAGGGAGGCUGAGACGACAAGAAGACCGAGUGCAGAGACGAGGGAGCGAACGACACCGACGAAGGAAAGUCAAGCUGGAGCGACCAAAGGGGCGCUCGAGAGCGGGGGUGUGCGUCUUGUUUGCGGUUCGCCGCCGCGUGGCAGCUGGCACGACAGUUCGGCGCAGUCUGCGCAGGAAAUGGAUCGCGAGGCGGUGAGCGGGGGCGAGGGCCUAGGAGACCUUUCGGCUCGUCCGUGCUGCACACGUUCCUCCACCGACGCAAGCCUCUCUCGCACGUCGACGCUCCGCUUCUCUUCGUCGUCGCUGUCCUCUUCCGUGGCUUCUCCGCUCUCGCCGGGGCGGCUGUCUCUCUCACCCACGUCUCUGCCCUCGCUCCUCGCUUCGGCCGCCGACCCUCGAGCCGCCCUCGCGCCUGCGGGGGGCCCUGCGCCGCCGCCACGCGCCGCCCACGGCGUGCCGCCUGGCGACGGAGACGGGGCGAAGACGGGCGCCGCGGAGGGUCACCGGGGGGGAAAAGAGGGGGCUUCCGAGGAAGACGAGGACAGGAUGCAGACAGAAAAGGCAUGCAGAGAGCAAGGCGAACGUCCAGGGGGAGAGACGGUUUUUUCGGUUACGGCGGUGAAGGAGGAUGACGCAGAAAAGAGAGGCGAAGACGCCGACGGAGAUUCGCGGGAAGGCGACCAACGGAAGAGGGACGCGCGAGCCGGAGAGGGCGAGCUCCAGCUCUCUGGAGGCCGCCGCCAGAGCUCCCUAACGGUUCCGCACGCCGGUGAAGAGGCGGGCACGAAGUUCGCUGGAGACAACGAGAAACGGAACAAGAACGGUCUCCUAGAGCUUGCUCUCACGCUCCAAACUGGAGCUGUCAGCGCGCGCUGUCGCCGGUGCAGCCAAGAGGUCGAGGUGCGUCUCCUCCCGUCGGCUCUCGAGCGAGCCGCGCGCGCCGCUCACAGCCACGGUCUUUCUGCGUUUCCCGCGCACGCCCGCGUCUGCUCGGCGCGCCCCGAACUGAGCCUCAGCUCUUUCGGAGACUCCCGCCGUCCUGCGCGAGCCGUGUCUCCUGGUCGCUCCGCCUCAAACCCGAACAGUCGUCUGUCGCCUCUGCUCGCGAGCCGCAGGUCGCCGCUGCUCCGUGGGGAGCCCUCCGCCGCGUCGCGCUCGUCUUCGGUGCGCUCCUUUUUCUCGUGCGUCUCCACGGAGGAGGUUCCGGCGGGGGGGGUUCGCCUGGCGGCGGAGGGCGCAGUUAGCCCCGCUCCCCGGCUGCCGUCUUCGCCUCCGCUUGUCCCCUCGCGGUCCGCGCGCACUUCAUCCAGCGCCUCGCCGGCCUUUGGCUCUUCCGUCGCGUCUGCACUCCCUCCCUCCGCAGACGCCCCGCCAGCGACGCACGUGUGCGCGCUAUCGCGGCCUUCCUGCGGGUUGCCGCCGUCCCUCCCGCCGUUUUUCCCGCCGCUUCUCGCCGGGGGGGUGAGCGUGGGCGGCGGCGCGCAGAGCCCCGCGAGCGCCGCAGGACGCGCGGAGACUGACGACGCCGCGACCGCAGGCAGCAGCGAGGGUGCCGAGCGCGAAGAGACGACAGCCGCGCCGAGCCGGCCGGCGGACGGCGGCGGACAGCGGGGCGGAAGCGAGAUCGAGCGACGGAGAAGGGAGCGGCGGACCGAGAAGAGCGACAAGGGCGAGAAGGCGCGGCGCUUCUUCCAGCUCCCCAUGUCAGCCUUCCCCAUCACCGGCGUCGCGCAGGCUGUGAGGUCGAGUCCAGAGAGAGAAGAGAAAAAGAAGCCAUGA